AUGGUAAAGCUAGUGCACAACGUACAGAAAAAACAGCACAGGGAGCGGGCACAGCCGCAAGAUAGGGCCCGGUUCGGGUUCCUGGAGAAGAAGAAGGACUAUCGGCUGCGGGCGGCAGACUACCACAAAAAACAGGCCCAGCUGAAAAUCCUCAAACAGAAGGCCAAGUUGCGCAAUGACGACGAGUACUACCACUCCAUGACCCGCAAAAAAACCGACAAAGACGGGGUGCUCAUAGCAGAGCGCGGAAACGAGGUUCUCUCGAACGACGAGGUGCUGCUGCUCAAAACACAGGACGCCAACUACUUGACCAUGACCAGACAGAGCGAGGCGCGCAAGAUCGAAAAGGAAAUGAAGAACCUGGACAGCUUCAAGGGCGCCGGGUCGCAUACGGUGUUUGUGGACUCGGAAGAGCAGCUGGAACAGUUUGAUCCAGUACAGUAUUUUGACACAGACGCCAGUCUUUUGGGCAAAAGAGAGAACCGGCUGCGCAAGUCGCAGCUCAGCGGGCUUGCCGACGGCGUCUCCGACGGCCCCGUCGUGCCGGAGCUGUCUGAAGACGGAUAUUUGAAGCACAAGCUCGAGCUCAAGAAGCUCAAGAAGCUGCGGCUGCUGGAGCAGCGCAUGGAGCGCGAGGAGAAGCUGAAAAAGCUGCAGGCGACGGUGGAGCUGCAGAAACAGUUGAUGAAGAAGGGCGAGAAGAAGAAGGUGCAGACAAAGGACGGCAGGACGGUGUUCAAAUGGAAGAACCCGGAGGAGUCGUCGCACCGUGGUGUUAUGAAGCUCGUAGUUCUUGGGGCCUGUGGCGGCAUUGGGCAGACGCUGAGUCUGCUUUUGCGGACCAACGCGCUCAUUGACGAGCUUGUGCUAUAUGACGUGGUCGACCCCGCCGGAGUGGCCACCGACCUAUCGCAUAUUCCCACCCGCCAGCAAGUCAGGCAUUUCUGUCCAUUGUCGAAAACAGACGACUCGCAGCUGCGAACGGCGUUGCAAGGGGCAAACAUCGUGGUCAUCCCGGCCGGAAUUCCCAGAAAGCCCGGCAUGAGCAGGGACGACCUGUUCAACAUCAACGCGUCGAUCGUCCAGCAGCUGGUGAGAGUCUAUGGCGAGGUGUGUCCCGAGGCGUUCUUGGCAAUCAUUUCGAACCCGGUGAACUCCACCGUGCCGAUUGCAGCGGAGCAGCUGCGGAGCCAGAACUGUUACCAUCCAGAAAAGGUGUUUGGCAUAACGACGCUGGACACUCUGAGACUGGAGCAGUUUCUGGGCGAGCUGACGGGGGCGUGGGAUCUGCGCGGCCAGGUGUACACUGUGGGGGGCCACUCUGGAGAGACGAUUAUGCCUGUUUUGGGGAAUUGGCGCCGGCGGCUGUCUUCCGAGCAGAUCGAAAACCUCGUACACCGUGUCCGGUACGCCGGAGACGAAGUCGUGCAGGCCAAACAGGGUAAAGGAUCAGCAACAUUGUCGAUGGCAGCUGCAGCGAAUCGGUUCCUGUGUGGGAUAUUGCGGGCGACUUGUAAGGGGGAAACUGUGGACGAGGUUGCCUUUGUGAACGUAUCGCGGCUCAAGACGGAUGAUUGCUUUGUUCGCGAAAUGAUGCACAAGGUGGAAUUCUUUGGGGUUCCGAUAAGGAUCGGGCCAGAAGGGGUUGCAAAGGUGGGAUCUUUGGGGAGUCUGAGCACGGACGAGAAGGAUGCGAUUUUGCGCAGCGUGCCCACGCUGUGUGCCCAAAUAGCCAAGGGUGCCCGUUUUGUGAAGGAAUCCAAGCUGUGA